CAAGAACUUCAAAAUAUCUACUAUUCGACCAUGGUGAAAGCAAGGAAGUACGUAGUAAAUAAAAAUUUUCAAGGAGUUCCAAAACGCGAGGAUUUUGAUCUUGUAGAAUAUGAACUCCCUCCACUCAAAGAAGGAGAAUUUCUUGUUAAAGCUGAAUGGAUAAGUGUUGACCCGUAUCUCCGUUUCUUGAAUUCAAAGAUUCCGGCACCGUAUGACCAAUUCGGAUUUCAAAUUGGAACAGUUCAGGAGUCAAGGAAUCCUUCUUACCCUGUUGGGACACAAGUUGUAACUCACGAAGGAUGGUGCGAUUACAGUAACGCUAAAGAAACAGAUGACCCAUUUGCAAAGGUAUAUAAACUUCCUGAUUUACAAGGAUUGCCCACUGAACUUGCUCUUGGUGUUAUUGGAUUGCCUGGUGUGACUUCUUACUUCGGUUUGCUCGAAAUUUGCCAACCCAAAGCUGGCGAGACUGUUGUAGUAACGGGAGCGGCUGGGGCUGUCGGAUCCGUCGUAGGUCAAAUAGCUAAGAUUAAGGGCUGCAGAGUGAUUGGAUUAGCUGGUUCAGAUGACAAAGUGCAGUGGUUGGAGAAAGACUUAGGAUUCGAUAAAGCAAUUAAUUAUAAAACAGCUGAUAUACAUAAAGCCCUUGCAGAAGCGGCUCCAAACGGCAUUGAUUGUUAUUUUGACAACGUCUGAGGGGAAAUAAGUAGCAUCAUUAUCGGAAAAAUGAAUCAGUAUGGAAGAGUUGCCG